AUGGUUAAGAUUAGAGGAUUAGGUCAUGCAUUAGGUAGGGUUGUUGCCAGAGGUCUGGGGAGAGGAGGGGAUGGUGAUGAUACUGAUGGUGCUCCCCAGAAUGAGCCCAUAGUAGAUGUUGUCGCCGGUGCAGAGACUAACACACAGGAUACCGAUGCACAGGAUAUUGGGGAUGAGCCGGAGGGAUUUCCUGGUGGACCCAGGGACCCAUCAGUGCUUACAGAGUAUGCUGACCAUGUUGCGGCCAGCGUAUGGUCUAGACAGGAACGUCCUGAGUUGAAGUUAUCCUUCCGUGGGAGAAAGGUGCAUCUCUUAGGCAAGCCUAUUCCUACAAUUGAGCCUCUACGCACCGACGAGGCGGUGCUGCUCUUGGUUGAGUUACUUGUGGUCUCACCAGAGGUGUCCAUCGCCGAGACAGGCCAAUGUGGCGAACCAUACGCCCUGCGUGACCUCACUCUUGCUGGGCGGUAUGCAUGGGGAGCUAUUGGGCUCGUCCAUAUGUACGAUCAGCUUAAUGAUGCCAGUCUCAGCACCAGCCGACAGCUUGCUGGUUACAUCACCUUGUUACAGUGUUGGAUAUACGAGCACUUUCUGUCAGCUGCGGAGUGCAAUGCUGAUUCGGACUAUGAUGAGGUUUCACCACGUGCGUGUCGGUGGAUUACGACAAAGAAGACUGUGAAGAAGGUGUCUACAGCUACGUACAGGCAGCGCCUGGAUCGUCUACGGAUCCCAGAUGUCUGCUGGAUGCCAUAUUCAGAGCACCGACCUGUGGAAGACUUUCAUCCGAUUUCGUGUUUCUCUAGACAGGUCCAUUGGGGGCCUGUUGUUGUCAGAUAUAGACCGGAGAGGGUUGUGCGCCAGUUCGGCUACUUCCAGUGCAUUCAUGCACACCAUAUCCAUCCAUGGGUGUCAUAUGAUGACAUAGACGAUACAUGGACGCACUACUUAGACCAUCUGGUAGCAGCAGGUGAUCUAUGUGUUGUGUCAGGUCAGUGUGCGCCAGACUACAUUGACUGGUUCUUCUGUAUUUCUCAUCCAUUCAUGAUCGUGGCAUAG